AUGGGGCGGCGGCGGGCGCGUGGCGGCGCACGCUGCGGGCCCCCCCAAGCGGGACGCGCGCGCGGGGCCCAGCCCCCAGAGCCGCAGGGCCCGCAGCUCUGGCUCUUCCCCGGCGCCAAGGCGCUGCACGACGCGCUGUCGCGGAAGUGCGAGGCCACGCGGCAGAUGAGCUGCACGCGGGAGCGCCUCGUGGUGCUGGCGCGCGGCGGGGCCGGCGUCGAGGUGCACCAGCUGGUGGCGAGCGGCGGCGCCCGGAAGCCCAAAUGCAUUAAACUAGGGAAAAAAAUGAAGAUACAUUCUAUGGACCAAGGAGUAGAAUACAUGCUGAUUCUAUCCUCUGAUGGAAAACCAUUUGAGUAUAACUAUAAAAUAGAACAUUCAAGGUUUCAAUGUAUUUUACAAGAAAAAGUAAUAAUUCAGAUCACAUGUGGAGAUUAUCAUUCCCUUGCACUCUCAAAAGGUGGAGAGCUUUAUGCAUGGGGCCAGAAUAUGUAUGGCCAGCUUGGAGUGGGAAAAAUAUUUGCCUCUAACCCCAUACCACAGCUGGUGGAACACCUCUCAGGAGUCCCCUUGGUACAGAUUUCUGCAGGAGAAGCUCACAGCAUGGCCUUAUCCAUGUCAGGAAAUGUUUACUCAUGGGGAAGAAACAAUUUUGGACAACUAGGCCUUGGUCACACUGACGAUCAAGAUUCUCCUUCUCUUAUUGAAGCACUGAACAGUCAUACAGUUGAGUUUCUCACCUGUGGUGGUUCUCACACUGCCCUGCUCACAAAGAAUGGGCUGUUGUUUACCUUUGGUGCUGGAAAAUUUGGGCAACUUGGUCACAACUCAACACAGAAUGAGUUAAAACCCCGUUUGGUGACUGAAUUCAUUGGAAAUAGAGUGUCUCAAAUAGCAUGUGGAAGGAAGCACACACUUGUCUAUGUUGCUGGUUUGGGAAAAGUUUUUUCUUUCGGAUCUGGAAGAGAAGGCCAACUGGGAAAUGGUGGAACACGUAAUCAACUAAGACCACGUCCCAUGAGAUCAUCAUAUGAACUCAGAUUUGAAAGCAAUGUUUCAGGAAAGGAGUUAAUAAUGAUUGCUGGAGGAAAUCAUAGCAUUUUGCUCUGGAUGAAAAAAGAGAAUUCCUACGUUAAUCUGAGGAGAAUCCCCACACUGAAUGAAGGGACUAUAAAGAGAUGGAUUGCUAGUGUGGGGACUAAACAAUGGCAGAAUGCAAAAAGGGAAAUCAGAGAGAUAUUUUCAUCCCCUGCUUGUCUAAUUGGAAGUUUUUUAAGAGAAAGGACAGCUGAAGAAUCAAUGUCUAUAUAUUUGGACAUAAAUACAGCAAGAAAUGCUUUUAAGGAGCUUACCCAAAAGGAUUGGAUUACUAACACGAUAACUACAUGUCUCAAGGAUAAUCUGCUCAAAAAUCUCCCAUUUCAUUCUCCACACCAAGAAGCUUUAGAAGUUUUCUUCCUUCUCCCAGAAUUUCCCAUGAUGCAUGAGUGUAACAACUGGGAGAGCCUGGUGGUUCCAUUUGCAGAAGCUGUUUGUAAAAUGAGUGACCAAUCAUCAGGGCUUCUGGAGGGAUAUUGGGCCUCUCUACAAGAUUCCACAUUUAGCGCAUUGGUCCAGAUGUUCAAAAGGGCCGUCAUUUCCCUGCUGCAUUAUUGGAAUGAAAGUGAUGAGAACAACUAUCAUGCUAAAGUUCUUCUUAAAAUGUUGGGAAAACUCUACACGGUAAACCAGACUAUGUUCCAUCUCUCUGAAAAUAUUUUCAAAAUUAAUGAGCUCUCACAUUGGCUUGAUUUUUAUGUAGAUGCUUAUAAAAGGUCCUCUUGGAAAUUGAACUCAGACAGUUCAGUAGACCUCCAGUCUCCAGUCAUAUUCAGUCAUUUUCCAUUUAUCUUUAAUAUUUUGUCAAAAAUUAAACUUCUGUAUGCAGACUCACUUUUAAAAAUACAGGAAAAAAAAAUUAGAGCCUAUAGGCAGUUGGCUGAUGUUUUGGAACAUGGAGGAUUUGAAUUGUCUUUUCUGCCCACCCUUAAUCUAUUGGUCCGAAGAGGUCACUUAAUUGAGGAUGUUUUGAAUCAGCUUAAUAUAUUUGAGAAUGAAGAUCUGAGGAAAGAGUUAUUGAUUUCAUUUACUGGAGAAAUGGGAUUUGGUUUUGGUUUUGGAGGAGUCAAGGCGGAAUUCUUUCAUUGUCUGUUUGAAGAGAUGACCCGGCCAGAGUAUGAAAUGUUCAUCUAUCCUGAGGAGGCUUCCUACAUGUGGUUUCCUGUCAAGCCUAAAUUUGAGAAAAAGUUUUACUACUUCUUUGGGGUACUAUGUGGACUUUCCCUGUUCAAUUGCAAUGUUGCCAAUAUCCCUUUUCCCCUGGCCCUGUUUAAGAAACUUCUGAGCCAAACACCAUCUUUGGAUGAUUUAAAAGAACUGAGUCCUGUUUUGGGAAAGAGUUUACAAACACUUCUGGAUUAUGAAGGUGAUGACUUUGAAGAAGUAUUUCUUAUCUAUUUUUAUGUACACUGGGACAAAAAUGAUGUUGCUUUGAAUCCUAAUGAAAGGUCCAGAAUUGUCAACCAGACUAACAAGAGAGAUUAUGUUUCUAAGUGUGUCAGUUACAUCUUCGACUUCUCUGUAAAGGUAGUUUUAUUGAAGAAUUUCAAAGGGGGAUUUUACAGAGUCUGUGAAAAGGAGAUAAUUUAUUUUUUCCAUCCUGAGAAUAAGGGACGUGAUAUAGGAAGUACAGAUUAUGAUUAAACAUUUGAAAAGAAUGCAAGCUAUAAAGAAGGUUAUGAUAGUUCACACCCCACUAUAGUGAUGUUUUGGAAGGCUUUACAUAAAUUGACACUUGAAGAAAAGAAAAAAUUUCUUGUAAUGUUUCUUACAGGUACUGACAGAAUUCAAAUCAAAGGUUUAAAGAACAUGAAAAUAACAUUUUGUUGUCCUGAAAAUUUGAAUGACAGAGAUCCUAUAAGAGCACAAACAUGUCUCAGUGUCCUCUACCUUCCUAAAUACCCUACGAUGGAAAGAGUGGAAGAAGCACUUCAAAUUGCCAUCCACAGCAAUAGGGGAUUUGGCUGA